AUGGCAGCUAUUCAUUGUACAUGCCAGGUAGAAGCUCCUGCCCCAAGUUACAAUAUGUUCUUUUUCUGUGCCCUCCAGGUCUAUCCUGAGCUGCAGAUCACCAAUGUGGUGGAAGCUAACCAACCAGUGACCAUCCAGAACUGGUGCAAGCGGGGCCGCAAGCAGUGCAAGACCCACGCCCACAUCGUGAUUCCCUACCGAUGCUUAGUUGGUGAGUUUGUUAGCGACGCCCUUCUGGUUCCCGACAAAUGCAAAUUUUUGCAUCAGGAGCGGAUGGAUGUUUGUGAGACCCACCUUCACUGGCACACCGUCGCCAAAGAGACAUGUAGCGAGAAGAGUACCAAUUUGCACGACUACGGCAUGCUGCUACCCUGUGGAAUCGACAAGUUCCGAGGGGUGGAGUUUGUCUGCUGCCCCCUGGCAGAUGAGAGUGACAGUGUCGAUUCUGCUGAUGCUGAGGACGAUGAUUCCGACGUCUGGUGGGGCGGAGCGGAUACCGACUAUGCAGAUGGGAGGUAAGGGGGCCUCUGUGUUUGGUCGCUCACAGAUGCGGAAGCGUCUAGCGUGUAGUUUUUGUAUUUUUCCGCAAAUGUCGCUUUCCGUUUCUCACUAUGAGAAUCUCUGCCUACCCCUGUUAGCGUUUUCUUUUAUGGGGGGAAAAGUCUAACUAUAUAAGCGCUAUUAGGACUAUGGUGUACUGUCGAAUUUUAAUAUAAUUGGUCAACCAUCACAGAGUUAAUUUUAGCCAUUUUAUUUUCAUCUCGAGAGUUAGAAUCAAACUUUCACUAAUAUUAGAGUAGGUCAUUGAAUAAAUAACAUGGAAUUCUGUUUCCGUCUGUAAUUUAGAAAUAUUUUUAGACACUGUUUUGGGAUUUUUUUUUUUUUUUCAGUCAUUAAGCCCAGUGUGAAUUUUUGUUAACAAAAGGUGUUGUUUUUUGUCUUACUGUUUUUACUCAUGACUGACGUCAGAAGCAUGCAUAAAUGUUUGUCAUAAACGUUUGCUGAAAGUCUUCAACCAUCUUUGGCUUGUUGUUGUUCAGAAAUACAUUUUCACUUCUUUUUCUUUGGGAUAUUAAUCUCGUCACCUUAGUGUGUCUGAUAAUUCAUUGUCUGGUUGCUAUUUUAAAUUGAAGGCAAACACCUAUGUUUAAAUCAUAAAAUGAUAAAACCAGAAUCUUGGGAUUUGGAAAGGCCAUCUGGUUCAGUCAUGGAUUUGAUGCUACAUCGUCUCCCAAAAGGUGAUUGUAUCACUUCUGUAGCUGUUCUCUGCAGGAGUCGGAAGGUGUUCUCCAGUGUGCCACAUUUCCAAGUAGAACAUUAAAUAUGAAGCUCAGACUUAUAGUUACCAGUAGAAAGUUUUAUGAUUUUAUAUAGUCAGGCACAGAUUUUGUGCAUGAGAGUGUAAUAUAUUUUGUCAGUUUUAAAAAACAAAUCCAUGUACCCUCAGGGACCCUAGCUGCCUUUUCUUAUCAGUUAAUAAAACUGGGCUUCUUUUUUUUUUAAUAUUUUUUUUAAUUUUUUAUUGUAUUUCAGGUGAAGUCUUACAGAACAAAUAGUUUCUCAUGAAACAGAAGUACAUAUGUUGUUUUAUAAC